CAGGCAGAGAAAGAAGCGACGAGAAAGUUGGCGGCAGCGUUUUAUCCUACGGUGGAAGACACCAUACGGGGGACCAACGUUUCACAACUCACGGCCACCUUGUCCUUUCUUUCUGCCCUCUUACAGGUCGACUCGCAAACCGUUGCAUCGAUUCUCGAACGAACCGGCAACAUGGAGUGUAUACUGGAUAUCAUUGAACUCGCAUCUUCUCUGCCCUCAUCCGCCUCUACGACUCGAUUGCAAAGAGUACUCGCAGCCUUUUUAUCACAAGUCAUUGGGAAUACACAAUGCAGAAAACUAUUACUAGGAGCAGAGGACGGAAAGGCCACCAAAUGGCUAAAGGGUCUCGUCGAGUCCAAGGAUGCCAGGCUGAGAUCGACCUCGGCGCUAGCAUUGGUCAAGCUAGCUCAAGGCAGACUAUUGGAUGAGGAGAAUUCAAUGUCGGGUAUCCCAGCCGCAUCUCCCCCGCCUGAACGUGCAGAAGAAACCUCUCCUGAGCAACUGGCUCAGCUCCUUGAAAAGGCUAUCCUUUCUGACGCUUCCGAGAUCACUUCUCUGGCCAAUCCUGGAGUGAUUUUAGAUAGUGUCGAGGGAUUGGCUUACCUGAGCGUACAUCCCGUCGUCCGAGACCAUAUUGCCUCGAACGCCCAACUCCUCAAACGUCUCGUGUCGAUUGGUCUUGCAACGACCAAAAAGACCAAACCAUCGACCUCAUUUCCAUCUAGGAGCUCCUCGAGCUCCGGCGGAGGUACUACCAAGGCAAAAGCAGAGGACCCGCGAGUCAACGUAGGGUUGCAUUACGGAUUAGCCCUCUUGUUCGCCAAUAUUUCGCAAUACCGACCCAAGCUGAGCAAAGAGGAGGAGCAAAUCGCCAAACUGCGACGGAUGACCAAACCGACUCUUGCCAAAGAGGGUGAAGAUGAGCGACCACGAAAGAUGCAGGACGAGGGAGAAGACCCUCGCACAGCCAACGCGGCCGUCAAAGCUCGCAUCAAGAAACUGUGUGCUGCCAAUAUCUUGCCUCUGCUCGCUGGAUUGGCUCGAAGUGACAGCCGGCCUGCACGAGAAUGCACUGCCAGAAUCUACCUCGCCAUCGCUGAAGACCAGACGAAUCGAGGAGAUAUCUUAAAGAAUGGAGGUGGAAAGGCUUUGAUGGAAAUUAUCAAGGCAGAUCCAGUGUCGUCUGGUGCAGUGUCGGUAAACGAGAUGAACCAUGUCCCCGAUUGGGUUGCCAUUCAAGCCCUGUCGAAACUAGCCAUCACUGCACAACCUGUGCAAGUGUUUGGGCCGGAUCGCGGGGCAACGCUGGAUGCGAUUGCACCUCUGGCUCGUGUUAUCACGUUCUCGGAUGCGGUCUCGGCCGCGUCGUAUAAGUCGCCGUUGCGGAUUUCCGUGAACGAUAAUCAACUGCCGACUGGGUUGCAAAAGUUUGAGGCAUUGAUGGCGGUGACCAACAUUGCGUCCCUGGGUCCAGAGAUGGCGAACAGAUUGGUGCGAACACCUCAGCUGAUUGGAUCCGUUGAGGGGUUGCUAUUGGAUGAACACGAGAUGAUUCGACGAGCAGCGACAGAGUUGAUGUGCAAUUUGGUCAUGUGUGAUGAAGGAUUCGAGCGGUAUGUGCCCAAUAGCACCCCCAAGACGACGCCGGCGAUGGUCGAGUCGCGGCUGCAGAUUCUGCUCGCCCUGGCAGAUGUAGAGGAUUUCCCGACGAGAAGAGCAGCGAGUGGUGCCCUUGCGAUCCUUUCCGGGGACGAAAGG